UUAGAGAAGCGUACCACAGACGGACCAUUGUAGUUUAAAUUCCGACUACAGCAGAGCCUAGUGGGGAGUGUUACGGGGAAGUAUAUCUCACAAAUUGCUAACCGAACAGUACCUCGAGGCAGCAGAAUUCAGUAUUAUCGUACAGAAAGGAAUUUAAUUUUGAUCAUUAAAUAUACAACAGAAAAUAUAAUCUAAGAACAUGGCUUCCCGGUCGCCAUCGUCUUCCCCUGACUCCGCCACAGGCUCAGGUACCGAUCCCGCUCGGCCCGACACUGGGGAGCCGCUCGGAGGGGGAUCGGAUUCUGAUUCUGACAUGGGGCUGAGGGACCUAGAUUGUGGGGCUGUGGGUCUGGGACAUCGGUUGGAAGGGGAGGAGCUAGAGGAAGAAUUUGAAGCAGCAGCCGAUCGAGUACCGGGUCUUUUACAGACGGCGAGUCGGGAUCAGCUACUGUACCUGUACGCCAGGUACAAGCAGGUAAAGGUCGGGAAAUGCAAUACACCGAAGCCAGGAUUCUUUGAUUUUGAAGGGCAGAAGAAGUGGCAGGCAUGGAAGCAGCUCGGGGACAUGAGUGCGACUCAGGCCAUGCAGGAGUAUGUGCUGUGUGUGCAGGGGCUGGACCCGGACAGCAGCAAUAAGGCUCUGGACAGACGGGGAAAGGAGCCCAGGACGGGAUUCGGGGGUCCGGCGGUCAGCUCGCUGUACCAGGAGGAGACGAUCAGGGAAGAAGACAAGAACAUAUUUGAUUACUGCAGGGAGAACAACAUCGAGCACGUCACUGGGGCACUGACAUCCAACGCGGUGGACGUCAACGCCAAGGAUGAAGAAGGCCGGGCCCUGCUGCACUGGGCCUGCGAUCGGGGACACAAGGAGCUGGUGGCCAUACUCCUGAAGAACAAGGCAGACAUCAACAGCCAGGACAAUGAAGGCCAGACAGCGUUACACUACGCGUCUGCCUGCGAGUUUGCUGACAUCGUAGAGCUGCUUCUCCAAGCCGGCGCUGACCCCUCCAUCAAAGACCAGGAGGGCUCCCUUCCAGAAGAGGUCACAGACUCCAAGGACAUCUCCACUCUCCUUCGCCAGUACGCUGCUACCAAAGGCUAGACCAAGGCAUCCGUCAGUCCCCUACGAGACAACCCUCCCCUCUACCCAUGAGAAAAGCAACCCGCCCCCCUUUCAGAAAGAUCAAUAAUUCCAUGGGCUGCAUUUACCAUUGUUAUUAAAAACAAAAACCUCACAAAUAUGGCCUCUUUUGGUCCUUCAGUAUUUUACAUGAGAAUGUAUGUAGCCAGGGACUGGCAGGACUUUUGGUCUCUCCAUCUUGACUUUACAUAUGAUUCGGCUCUUAGCUUAGCAACCACUGGCUUUAGUCUUUCCCAGGUGUUAUUUAUAAUUUACUGUGACGUUUUCUUGUCAGUGGAUCAGUGAGUUUGAGGGUGGUGUUCAUCUCGUCUUUCCGGCAUCCAGUAAGAUUUACGCACAUUUUAUUUGAUCGAUCAAAACUUGAUGACAUCCAAGCUGCAGUCUUCAGAUUUCUGCAUACAUAUGAUUUGACUUUACUUGGUUAUUUGAAAAGUAUUAUCAUUUGUAUUUCUUUUUCCAGAUAUACAUUUGAGUGCUAGGGCCGACAUUAUGUGAGACAACCACAAACUUGAGGUUUGGAUUAACAGCACCGGUACAAGGAAGCCACUCUGCUUUGAUUCCUGGCUUCCUUGGGUUGUAAAAUAUGAAUGUAUAAAUCUGCAGAAGGCUGAUGCUUUAGCCAGUGACCUUCUGACUCGUGCCCUCGACUGUCCCCAUCACAUUCAGAUGAGUUCUCUGAUCUUGAUGGAUCUUUGGAAAUAAACGUGGAACUUGCAGACA